CGAUCAUCUCUGAAAUAAAUAGAGCAAAUAAUGGAAAUAAUGCGCUGUAUGCAAAACAGAAGUGCUGCUAGAAACACAUUUGGACCUCAGACACAGACACAGAACUGGACUGAAACUAAAAACACCAGAAGGAGAUGGUUCGUGCCGAUCACAUUAUGUCUUCUGCUCAUCUAUGUUCUUCUGGUGGUCACCCUCAUACUGCUCUAUAUAAGUCACAAAACAGAGAGAGAUAUGUUGAAGAUGACAUAUAUGGAGAUUAUUCAAGAAUACAAUGAAACUCUGAACAGCAUGAAAGUGAAUUGCAGUCAUGUGACUGAUGAGAGAGAAGAACUACAGGAAAACUUCAACUCAAUGAGUCAGAAGAACAUGGAGUUAGAGACCAGGCUGAAGAAGAGUCUUCAUAAAGGGACGUUCAGGUAUUUUGUAUCUAAUGAGAAGAAGAGCUGGACUGACAGCAGACAGUUCUGCAGGGAUCUUGGUGCAGAUCUGGUAAUCAUAAAUACUGAAGAAGAACAGAAAUACAUAUCUUCAAUCAUUAAGGAGGACACAUGGAUUGGUUUGUCUAAUACAGACAACAAGGAAGUCAUGAAAUGGGUGGAUAAUUCAUCACCCAAUGUAACGUUUUGGGGGUUUGAUGAACCAAGAAACAAAUAUGAAUACUGUGUUCAGAUUCUGUAUUAUUAUCGACCUGAACAAAAAUGGAGGAAUCAACACUGCACAGAGGAGAGACGAUGGAUUUGUGAGAAAUAGAUGUUAUCUGCAUUAUUCCUAAGAAUCCUCUUACUCUACAUGUGUAUAAUGUUUAAUGCUUACAGGCCGGGGCUAGUUGUCACAAGAGUUAUAUCUCAAUCCUUUUUAGGAACUCCGUAACAAAGCGAAACUGAUAUUCUAUAAUCAUAUAUUCUUAAUUCUUUUGCAUUUUUGUGUUAAUUUGCUGUGCACAUUCGAGCUGAUUUUUGGAAGGAUUCAUUAUGAAAAUUUAUCAUAUAGUGUGACAUCAUCACUAUUGAGGCAUGUGAUCAAAUGGUGAAACUCUCUCUCUCACUUUAAAUAAAAACAUUUAUUUUGGGGAUUAAUUGCCCUUAAACAGUCAGUAUAGUCCCAAACCCCCUUGUCAAAAUGUUCAUUGUGCAAAGAACAGAAAACAAAAAUAGACGUUUGAAUUCAUGGAGACUAAAUGUGUGGGUUUUAUAAAUGUGAGGCAAUUGCUAUAAUUUUACAUUGCUGAUUCUCUAAAAUAUGUUUUUCAACUUUCUCAAUACAAACAAGUUACUAUCCAAAAAUAGUUUUACAUUUUUAU